UAUUUCAUAAUCGAACGUUUUCCUGACUGUUUUGCUAAAAUCUGAAACUUGCAGAAAUCUUAUAACCAGCGUUAUGCCUGAUCCAGAACACGUCAAAAAACUGGCUUAUCAACUGGCUCACAGAACAAAACCGCAAGUAUAUAUAGAGACUGGUGUUUUAGUUGUUCUAGCACUGACAGCUCUGAUUGGCAACUCUUGUGUUUUGUACGUGUUUUACAAAUCACCUCGCCUUCGUAAUGUUACAAACUAUUACCUUAUAACACUUGCAAUUUCGGAUAUCGUCUUUGCAUUAACAGUAAUGCCCCUAUCAGUUGCUAAUUCCACUCAUGGACGUGAUGUUGUUGGCCACAGUGUUGGUCAAGUUUCAGGAUUUAUUUGUUUAUCGUUGAUUUAUGGAUCUCUCCAGACAACAUCCUUGAUUGCAGUGAACAGAUUUUUCUGCGUUGUAAAGCCUUUAGUAUACAGAAAAUAUUUCAAGCCUAAACCUGCAAUACUGAUGAUAGUUGGUUCCUGGAUUCUUUCCGUUUCCUUCGUUGCUGUAGUAUACUUCGGUGGGCUGGGAACAUUCCUGUUUUACCCUGGUCGAUUUGUAUACUUCUUAGCAAGUCACAAUGUUAUUGCAAUUCGUGUCUUCACUGCCUUGUCCCACAUCACAUUCAUUAUAUACCCGAUGCUGAUGACUGCAAUUUGCUACUGGAAAGUCUAUCAAAUCGUCAAAAGACACGAAACUUCCGUAUCAACCUCGAUGAAUAAUGGAGAUAGUCAGAACUACCCAUCUUUGAGCAGAGAGGAGAUUCAUGUCACAAAGUCUGUGCUUGCUCUGGUCUGUGGGUUCGUCGUCUGCUGGAUUCCAUGCUCCACAACGCUGCAUAUUGCAGUUUAUAUUAGCAUACCUCGCUAUGCCGAGAUGAUUAUCACAUACACAGCCUUUGCAAGUUCCGCACUCAAUCCAUUUGUGUUUAACAUUUUCAACAAGCCUUUUAGAAAGGAGUUUUUUAGGAUAUUCUCGGUUAAGAAAACAAAAGUCGGUUCAAGUUCCCAGCAUGACUUGCCUUAGCACGAACUUUUCAAGCAUUGAGUGGCUGCUUCUUUAAUGACCAGACAUGCACAGGAGCAGAGUUUUCUAGCUCUCUCUUGAUCCAAGUCUUGAACUUGUUUUUGUUCAGGUCAUCGAUUUUCCUCCGGCCCUUCUCAAAACCUAAAACCCAGUUCGACUAGUAAGUAAACAUGUCUUUUGUCAGACCAGAUCCGGGUUGUUUCA